AUGAAACGACCACUCUCACCCGCUAUGAACGCCUCCGAUAGCAAAACCGACUAUUCCACGGACGAUACCCCCUCGAGCACGGGGUCCGACGACGGUUGGGUUGACUUUGGCUGCGGCGAUUUGUACAAGGACAUCUGCGGCGGCGGCGACGACGACGACGACAACAACAACAACAACAACAACAACGACAACGGCAACGGCGACAACGACGACUCCAACUCCGACUCCGAUCACGGUCACACUCAUACCACCUACAUCAAGAUCAAGUCCAAAAACGGCGCAUCCAGCCGGGUGAAGCCGCCCACCGUCUCUGUCAAACAUCGUUCACCUCAUUCCAGAGUAAAGCGCCAUGAUUAUACCAGUGACCGCGAGUUCACCGUCUGCUUCCUCAUGAUCCUGGUCAUUCUGGCACUCUUGUUUCCUGAGGGAGCAUCUGUUUCCUUCAAGGUUAUGGGCUUCGUACUGGCCGAGAUUACAUCAAUUCUGUUCGAGGGAAAAAUUCUCCGGUUUGUAUUAGCUGUAGUGUUGUUCGUUGCGGCGUCCGUAAAGCGGCAGGGCUGA